CUCAUGCUCACCUCCGAGGAGAAGCUCCAGCGUGGCUUUCGAGCCGAAGACGACAUCCUCGUGCCACUUCCCGUCGACUCUUCGAGCGACGAGGAUGAGGCCGCCGCCGACGGGCGCCACGCAGACGAGGAUUUGCCCUCCUCGGCAUCGGUGUUGGUCGAGGCCUUUUUGGAGGAUGUCGUCCAGCGCUCCGCUGACGCGUGCGUCGGUGCGUCCGCGUCUCUCUUCGACCUCGACUUUUGGCAGAACGAGGCUGCCCAGCUCGGGCUCCACGUCAUGCGCCCCGACCGUGGCAGCGCGGGCGCUCUCCCUCCGUCCGCCCCGCUGCGCCGCUCCCUCGACCGACGAGGGUACUUGCAGAGCCCCACCCUCUUUCCGGGCGACGCCGACGAGGCGACGCUCUCCGCGCUGCGGCGCAUGCUCGCGCGCCUCAAGCAGCUCGGCUUUGCGCCCGGCUUCCUGUACGUGUUUGACGAGGCGUGGCUGGUCAUCGAGCGGUGCAUGCGCCUUUUGGGCGAUGUUUUGGUGCCGGAGGCCGGGACCGGACGCGGCGUGCAGCAGCUGGUUCUCGAGCCUUCCGUCUUUGCGCACGCCCUCGAGAAGCCAGCCUCCGCGGAGGACACCGACGAGGAGCGGCGGCGGGAGGCGGCCUCGCAGGAUGCUUCGGAGAUCGCGCGCCACUCGUACUUGGGCGGCAACUUUGGCCUGCCGCACCGCGACCACUCCUCCUCCGACUGCUUCGACGCCGCGUCUGGCGAGCCCGUCCUCCUCUCGCUCUGGUGCCCUCUCACCCGCGUCACGGCCGACAACGGUUGCAUGUUCGUGCUGCCCAAGGAUCGCGACCCGCUGCUGCACCAGCCGCGCCACCCCCACCACCUCCGCCCCUUCGACGCCUCCUCCGGCACACUGCGCUUCGGGCUGGGCGGCGCCGUCGCCUCGCCUCGCAAUGACGUCUCCCACGAACCGCCUCGGAGCCUUCUCGGAGCCUCUCCUGCAGGCGCCGUCGCGCUCGCCCCUUGCGACGCCGGCUGCGCCCUAGCGUGGCACCGCUCCGCCACUGGGGCGGAGCAGUCAGAGGGAGAGCUCACCGUCGAGCAGCUGCCGCCGCCGCUCGAGGCGCGCCUCCGGAUGGUGGCGCGCCUUCGGAUGGUCGCGAGCUCGCUGCUCGUGUACAAGUGGUGGUUCCCGCUCAGAGGCGCGGAGGGCGUGCUCCGCGUGGCGGUCGAGGCGGCGCACGCCCCCUUCGACGGGUCGUGGGCUCUGGCCGGGGAGGAGGGCGCCGUCGACCUCGUCGCUACGAACGUGGCCCCCUCCCCGCAGCGGCGCGCGGAGGCGGUCGGGGCGGCUUUCAGCGACCCGUUCAUGUACGCCACGAUUUGCGACUUUGGCGGCGAGCGCGUCGGCGCCGUGCGCGGCAUGAACGCCGAGAUCGAUCUGCGGAGGCGCGUGCAGACGCUCGCGCCGGCCGUGUCGGUCGUCGCGACCGACACGUUCCCCGAGCUGUACGAGCUGUUCCACAGAGGCGAGCUCGCCGCCGUGGCGCAGGCCGAGUACUAUGCCAUCGACGGCUCGGUGAUCCCCUCGAGCCCGCCCGGGAUCGUGCUUGUCGACCACCACGACUUGGUGCCGGGCCAGAGGGAGGAGUGCGCCUUCGUCGUGCGCGGCGCGAGCCGCGGUCUCCUCGAGGCGGUGAACGAGUUCAUCGCGACCACCGCCUUUCCCGUCGCCGGCGAGCUGGGCAAGCGGGACGGCUGA